CCCAUAGAAAGGCGUGCUGCGGAGAAAUUUGGAUUUGGAAAUUGACCGGGGAAAUAUUGUUUUUACUUGAGUUUAGAAGACAACGUUAAAAUGUCAAAGAACAGAAAAAAACCAGUGAGAUACUUUGAUACCAACAAUGAGGAUGGAGAUGAUGGAGAACAGCCCCAAACAGAUUCCAAGAAGAAUGAAGGAGAAAACACAGCAUCAAAGAAGAGAGCUAAGAAGAGGAGACCAGACCAGGAGAGCUUAAGAGAUAAAAAAGAUCCAUUCCCGGGCCCUGCUCCAAUCAGCGACGAGACCGUUAAGAAGUACAGACGGGGAGAAAAAGCUACUGCGCAAGAGAUGAGGAAUUUUCGACACAGGACAACCAUGAAGAGAGGUGAAGAUAGGUUUGCAUUGGCUGCAAAGCAAGCUGCAAGGAGCGAACUUCUACUCCCAGAAGAAACAGGGUUUUUAGAAGCAGAUGAAGGUGAAGAAACAUAUGAUGUCACCCAAGAAGAAAUAAGAAAAGCUGUUGAUAUUGCAAGUGCUACCAAAAACUUUGAGCUGAGAUUGGACCAGUUUGGUCCUUACAGGAUGGAUUUCACCAGGAAUGGUAGACAUUUACUUCUUGGAGGUCGCAGGGGUCAUCUAGCUGGGAUCGACUGGGUCACAAAGAAACUUCACUUUGAAACCAAUGUAACAGAAGAAAUCCAGGAUGUGCAAUGGUUACACUUGGAAACAAUGUGUGCAGUAGCUCAGAAGAAAUGGAUGUACAUCUAUGAUAAUAAUGGGGUAGAGUUACAUUGUAUCAAGAAGAUGCAUAAUAUAACUCGGAUGGAGUUUCUUCCUUAUCACUUUCUACUAGCGGGUUGUAGUUCAUAUGGUGGGUUACAGUAUUUAGAUGUUUCUGUUGGUAAGCUGGUUUGUGAUAUGCCUACAAAGAGUGGCAGGCUUGAUGUUAUGACCCAGAAUCAAAAGAAUGCCAUCAUUCACCUGGGUCAUCCAAAUGGCACUGUCACAAUGUGGAGUCCUAAUUCAAGAGAACCACUUGUCAAGAUGUUAUGUCAUAAAGGAGCUGUCCGAUCUAUAGCUAUAGAUAAACAGGGAACGUACAUGGCAACAGGUGGUAUGGACAGGCAGCUGAAGAUCUUUGAUCUACGGACAUACAAACCCCUGCAGGCGUACCAAGUAUCGUUUGGUGCGGGUGAGCUGUGUUUCAGUCAGAAGGGGCUUCUAGCUGCAGCUUGUAACAAUGUCGUAGAGGUAUACAAGGAUUGUUGCCUCAGAACUCAUGAUGCACCAUACAUGAUGCACGAGCUUCGUUAUCCAAUCACCAAUAUGGGUUUCUGUCCUUAUGAAGAUGUUCUUGGUGUCUCUCAUUUCCAUGGUUACACCAGCUUGCUUAUUCCAGGUGCUGGUGAGGCAAACUUUGAUGCACUAGAAGCUAACCCAUACCAGAAUAAACAACAGAGAAGAGAAUAUGAGAUCAAGGCUCUCCUAGAAAAGAUUCAGCCAGAGAUGAUCACAUUAAAUCCGAGUCAGAUCAGUGCUAUUGAUAAGGCAACCAUGGAACAGAGACUAGCUGAAAGAAAGGAAAUGUUUGGUGUGGUACCUCCACCCAAGUUUGAGCCUCGUCACAAAUUAAAAGGAAGAAGCAAAUCAGGGAGGAGAGAAAAGAGGAAACAAGGUGUCCGAGAAGAAGAAAACAGGAGCAAAAUUCAAGAAGCUUCCUCAGCUGUGGAGAAGGCGGCGAAGACCCAAGACAGACCUCAGUUCAAGUCAGCAUUGGACAGAUUUAAGAACUAAGGCCAUGAUCAAGAAGCACAAGCAAUCCAUGAUGUCAUCACUUCUUCAGUACAGGCCUUUUAUAAGUGUUGAAAACAUCUCAUGUUACUUCAUCGCCAUGGAAACUUGUUAUCAAGAGAAGCCUGUGGCUCUAACCCACUGAUUGAUGAUUGCACAAGAACUUCUCAUUUGGAACCAAUACUGUGCUGUAACAUUGCAUAGAUCUUUGACAUCAUGAAUUUGGUACUUGAUAUAAGCCCUACUUCCUGUGAGUACCGAACCAAUCCAUUGGUUGAUUUCAGAUUGUCUUGUCAAGUUCCUAUACCUAAUACCUGCGCUAAGAGAUGAUUCAAUCAAUGUGGUGAACCCAAUGACCAGCUCCUUUAUAAAG